UCCUCAUCCACGUCUCAGCGCUGCAUACCCUCCCGGCCAUUGCCAAGGUCGCGACAUUCGUUCACUUGAAUAUUUCCCCUUCUCUCUCACUUUGAUUGUCGAGGGCGAUGCUUACACUCAAGUCGGCAACCUCGCGUGCAGCGCUGCUGGCUGUUGUCGUGGUAGCUUUUGCUGUGCACGCGGUCGCGUCCCCAACAGACUUCCUCGGAUCUGUGACCUCGGACGAGAUCGACAAGUGUUCAGCAGCAGUAACGCUAACGGCGGUGAAGCAUCAAGCGGCAGGAACACAAUCAAAUGUAAUCCACCAGGUCUUUGCCUUUUUGUUCCCCUUCGAGUCUCCGGGUUGGAACUCUGUCUUGGCCACAUUCUACAUUAGCUCGGUUCCUAAUUUCAUUCUUGCAUUUAUUCCCGCGGAGAUUUCCCCCAGCACACUAAAUGUCAUGUCGGCAUUUGCAACUGGUGGACUGCUCUCUGACGUCAUGCUCCACCUCGUCCCACACUCGUUUAUGGGGGAGCACACGGACGACGGCGUCCACCUGCUGAUGAUUGAAGAGAGGCGGAACAUUCUUAUUGGAUUGGCAAUGUUCUGCGGCUUUGCAUUCUUCUUCAUCAUGGAGAAGUCGUUGCGCACCCUUUCUGGAGAAGACGACGAUGAUCAUGGGCAUGGACAUGGGCACAGUCAUAGUCAUGCCUAUGGUCCGGAACAUAAAGUUGACUCUGCAGGAUCUACCGCUGUCCGGCAGAAUGGCGAGGGCCUGCGGCCUCGCAAGAAGGGGCAAAAAGCAACCGAGCCGGAAGGGAAGGAGCCUGCUGUCCAUGCCACGUCCAAGCUUUCAGCAUACUUGAACAUUCUUGGGGAUUUCAUCCAUAACAUAAUGGCGGCUUCUUUCUACUCAUCUCCGCUGAUUGGAGCAACAACUGCCCUCGCGUGCUUCGCGCACGAGAUCCCGCAUGAGAUGGCAGAUUACACGAUCCUCGUCCGCAGUGGGUUCUCGAAGCGGCAGGCAAUGAUGUCCCAGUUCGGGACCGCUGUGGGGGCCUUCGUUGGCACCUUUAUAGGUAUCGCGAUCCACAACGCGGCGUCCGUAGGGGCAGAUACGAAGAUGGAUCUGGCCGCAGCGCUGCGUGGAGAAGGAGCCGGACUGUUGGGUACGAGCGCUCAACCUGCUGACCUGGUCAUUCCGUUUGUAGCUGGAGGUUUCCUGUACAUCGGCGCAGUGUCCGUCGUGCCAACGCUGCUAAAAGGGGCUUCUACGCCCACCCAGACACUGAAAGAGUUUGGAGCGAUGGCGUUUGGUGUGUUCUGUAUGUUCCUCGUCGCUUGGAACGAGUAGAAUUUCAAUGAUAUACCCGUGUAUUCC